CACUUGCCUGCAUUCACUGGCAUCGGAUCAUUCGUCGUGCCAUCUGAUGUUGACCGUACAUGGGCUUGCUGUGUCUCGAAAUCCGAUCCUCGUCCGAUGCGGUCAACUUCUUCGCCCCCGAUUAUAACCUGGCCGAGUCGUUGAACGUAGUCCACUGAGCGACAGUUGGACAGUACGAGGCGCCCAGUAUUGAGUACAGAGUACCAAGUCACCACCAUGUCCUUGGCUUAUGUACUGCCACUGAAUACAGCCCAUAGAAGUAUUACUGUCGUAUCUGGGCUAUGCUUGUGUGUGCUUCGAUGCUAUGAGCAUGUGUAUGACUGCAUCAGUGUUCCUGAUAUACCCCAUAGAAUGUUGAUGUCGCAAACGCUAAAAAGUCACAGGUCAGCGAUGGCUAUGCUGAUAUUUACACGCAAUUCCUAUUCGGCGCUCAUCAGCACCCUCGUAGCUUUAGGAACCAUUAAUCGCAAGGUUAAUGCCAAUGCCGUCGCCAGUCUUGCUUGGCUGCUGUAUGAUAUUAUCAUAUGCUUUGAGGAUGAGAUUGAACUUGUAUGGAGAUCCAGGUGGACAUUGCCCAAAGUCCUGUACUUGUCUCUCCGUUACUAUGCUCCUCUUUGGCUGAUGUAUCAAAGUAUCAUACACUUAUCUCCUGGCACUGCGUUAUCAAAUUUGAGAUGCACGAGCUUCCCUGCUCUACAAUCUAUAGGUCCUUUGGUUCUUUGGGUUCUAGUGGACUUCGUUCUGAUCCUUCGGAUUAAUGCUCUUUAUGGCAGCAAUAGAAAAGUGCAAUACCUUAUGGCAAUCACAUGGAUAUCUGCUGCAGCUGUGAUCAUCCCCGUCUCGAUCUACUGUUUUCGACUCUCCCGACCAGUUCCAGCGCCUGCACCGUUUUCAAUGGUGGCUGGUUGCCUGGUCUUAAACAUCGACUGGAACAAAAUGAAGGUGGCGAAGGCUGCUGUCAUUGCCUUUAUGAUCUUAAAUGUCUUUUAUAUAGGCAUGACAUUGUUUAAAUUUGUUCAGAGCAUUCGAUCUCUUCGACGUGUGCGUCUGGGGUCGGUGCUUUCCAUAUUCGUCGCCGAGGGACUGAUGUAUUUUUUUGUUUGUCUUGGUGCCAACGCCGCCGACAUCGUGUUUUCUUCUGGAAGUCCAACAUUGUUUUCAUAUGUCGAUCUAGCUCAGUUCUGGUUGGCCGCUUUCUAUAGUUACUCGGGUUGUCACCUCAUUCUCCACCUUCGAGCAAACACUCGUCAAAAAAAGGCAACAACGUUCACUGAUGCAACGGAGAUGCAAUUUCAAUAUCACCAUCGUGGUCAAAGUAUUGCCUGAUUCUAUGGUGGACAUGGGAUCGAGAUGCCCUUUCACUACUCCUCGUCGGUGAAUCAUAACUGUUCGAUUGACUCUUUUCACGAUGAUUUUAAAGCUAUGUAUCUCGUGAAGUAUACACAUUGCGAGGAAAUUCGUGGGAUUUCAUAUGAGUAUGAUAUUUAUAUACUGUAACAUUAGUGUACACAGCCAAGGGGCAUCCAAAAAAAAUAAUCAAUGAAGUCCCUCCUCAAGGUGUCAUACCUGACCCCCCACAAACCUCAUAUCAAAUACUAUCUAGGAUGUAUCCCAAACAACCUAUCAUGAAGCCUUACUUCCUAAACAAUAAUACAUAUGAGGUGGGACUUUUUACAAGGGAACUUUUGGUUAUAUUGUAGAGAUACAAUCUUACCUUUGAAGAUUUCAAACUCUGGGAUAUCCUGAACCAUGCCCUGGGACAUCCCACCAUGUCCUGGAACAUCCCAAAAGAUAAUCUGGGACAUCCCAGUCAAUAUCCCACACAUGCCUUA